AUUAUCAUGUUGGAUGCAAGAGGAUGCUUCCUGCAGCAAGCUUGACUAAUGAUGGCCCUGCAAGGCCAUUGCACGGUUUCGUGUAUAUAUCUCACUCCCCCUUCACUAUUAGGUGAUAUUCAGCUUUCGACAUUUGAAUCAAUUUCUCUCGUCUUCAAUUCCCCAGAAAUCCCCUUCUCAAGGACAACACAUAAUGUCUCCGGCUCUCCUUUGGGGAAUCCUUGUUUACCAGUGGGUAACAAUACAUUUCUCACUGGUUGACGCCUCCUCGCAGUGUUAUUUUCCAAAUGGUGCAGAAGCCGAAGGCUGGUCUGCUUGCAAUCCCGACGCUGAUGUUAGCUUUUGCUGUUCUUUUCAAUACGAUUAUACUUGCUACAACAACUUGCUGUGUCAAGAUGGCAAAGGAAGGGUGGUUCGAGGCGCAUGCACCGACCAGUCUUGGACCGACCCAGCCUGUCCACAAUAUUGCCAGAACUAUAAGCUUGGAGGCACAGAUUUAAUUCCUUGCAACAAUGUCACGAAAGACCAUAUCUCAUAUUGUUGCGAUCACGCCAUUGAUAACUGUUGUGACACUGGGGAUGGUCGUUUCGAUGUCUUACCGUAUCCGACAUCGCUUAUUGCCACAUGGAAUCCGGCUGCAAGUGAAUAUGAAGUUCUUCCCGGUGCUUCAGCCACAGCCUCAUCUACCUCGCCGAGCCUAUCAAGCUCAUCGGUCUCAACAACUACUACCUCGUCAUCUACGGCAAGCACAGUGUCAAAUUCUUCAAACAACGACUCCGGGCUUAGCAAAGGGGCCCAAAUUGGUAUUGGGGUUGGUGUAGCAGGUGGAGUUUUGCUUGCCGCGUUGCUGGCGUAUCUGCUUUGGAGAGUUCAUAAAAUGCACGAGGCCGUGAAGCAGCAACAUGACCUCAACUCGCGUACAUAUCCUCCCAGCACUAUGACGGAUACUGAUUUCUCACAAUCUUAUCCGCAGCCAUGGCAAUACAAGAACACGGGAAUUUCACAAGCUACCCAAGCGCAACUAGUUGCUGAGUCGGAGCUUUCUACCGAGACCAGAAGAUAUGAACUACAUACAACCUCUAGAUGAGAUCGUACAUUUCUCAUAGUCAUAAUAGAGUUACAUGGUGGUACACACAUACCGCCAAUAUUCCCAGUCUAUGGUGACUCCAAAUAAGCAUUUCACUUGGUCUGUACAUGAAGUUUACUUAGAUAGUCGAUUACAGCAAAUGACCUUUUUCGUGUAUCCAUUCAGCUAGCCAAGGCAGCAAUGGGAGAAGGUCGUCUUCUAUACACAAGCCUCUGCAGCCCCCCUUAUGAUAGUUACCGGCUUUCC